AUUGUUUCUGCGACAGCGAACUGCGACAACACACAAGACCGACACUUUGCAAGUCUGCCGACCAAGUUUGAGUGCAAGUGUCCUAAAUAUCAACCGUGCAGCUUUUUAUUCAAAUUUGGUCUUGUCGGCACGCAGAUAUAAAUGACUAUAUUAACCACCUGGCGGACCAGAUCAAUCUCGAGCGAAUGCAAAAUGUUAAUUCCGGCCGUUUGAGCAGUUCAGAAAGCGGACCACAACAUCCACGAAUGAUCGGCCCCUUUGAUGGUUAUCGCUGUGCGUGAUCGGGGGGUCAUCAUGGAUCGGCUGAUCAACUACACGGACAUCCUGCUCAGGGUGCCGCCUCUCUUCCUCAUGGACAUCCUGAUGCGUCUCGAGUACGACAUUCCGUCAGACAGCCUCAAAUCAGCCGCCGACGACAACAUCAACUCGCUGAAUGAUUUCGUCACCCAGCAUGAAUUUGUCACCCCGAACGACUCGCUCGUCAUCAAAACUGUUCUUAUUUAUUUGCUGAAGCUUUUCAUAUCCACCUCUGGAUGCCUGUUUGCCCUGGGAGUUUUCCUUCUGCCAAAGGUCUACCUGGUCAAUGUGUACAAAUUCCUCGGCUCAAUCGGCAUCAUGUUCAUCUCGUACUGGGCCAACGUGAGCACCAUGAAGGCGGUCAUCGCCGCCAGGGAGAACAACUAUGAAAUCAACCCGCGCACCUCCAUCCUCCACAGCGUCCUCAGCCUCGACCUGCAAGGCGUGCUUGACUGGAACGAGGCCGCCCUGGCCAUUGUCAAGAACUACCUGGUCCAGAGCACCAUGGGCCUCGUCUUCCAGCACAUCGAACUCGCCCCGACCAAUCGACUGAUACAGCUGCUGACCAUGCCGGCCUUCAUGGCGCCCUCGGUGCUCGCCAUGUUGCCGGUGCCCGACUACAUGCUGCACCACUCACCGGUGUUUGCGGCUCUCUUGCCCCUCGGAAAAAUCAAAAUGACCUUCUGGUCCAGUGCCGUUCAGGUUGGAAACAACAUAGUCCAAGGCUACAGGUACGCUCGCCAGUUUGUGAGUGACGUGGGUCUGACUGCCCUGCUCGAGAAUGAGUGGGUCAGGUUGCGAGUGCCAACUGUGCUGAGAACGUUUUGGAUGUUGAGAGUAGCCGAACAUUCGUUCUCCGCGCUUUCCAAGUGCUUCUUUCUCAAAGAGCAAGAAGUGGACUCGUCCAAGUGCUCGUCGGAAACCUUGAUGGCUCUGCCGAGGGAGCUGCUGGUGACUGGAUGCGAAACGCAGACGGCCGUGCUUGGAAUGACGAGCGUUAUUUCUUUUCUUUGCCACUAUGUCGGCAGUUUUUUUCAGUGGAUCUUGCUAACGGAAGACGAGGACGACAGAAGCAUUGGUACUGUUUCUGCAAUCCUCUUUUUCAUCCUGGCCCUGCAGACGGGACUGACAGGCCUGGACCCCGAGAAGCGCUUCAUCCGGCUGUGCAGAAACUUUUGUCUGCUCUUCACCGCCAUCCUGCACUUCAUCCACAACAUAGUGAACCCGCUGCUGAUGUCCCUCAGCGCGUCCCACAACCCGGCCAGGCACCGACACGUGCGGGCCCUUUCCGUCUGUGCAUUCCUCGUCAUAUUCCCCGUCGCCCUGCUCAUCUACCUGUGGUCGCAGCACACCAUGAGCACUUGGCUGCUCGCCGUGUCUGCCUUCAGCGUUGAGGUGAUAGUCAAGGUCAUCGUCUCGCUGAUGAUCUACUCGCUAUUCCUCGUCGACGCCUACAGAUCCACCUUUUGGGAGUCUCUCGACGACUACGUCUACUACAUUCGCGCCUUCGGCAACACCGUUGAGUUUUGCUUUGGCAUAUUCCUCUUUUUCAACGGCGCCUGGAUCUUGGUGUUCGAGUCUGGCGGCGCCAUCAGGGCCAUCAUGAUGUGCAUCCACGCGUACUUUAACAUUUGGUGCGAGGCGCGCGCCGGCUGGAGUGUCUUCAUCAAGCGAAGGACGGCCGUCAAGAAGAUCAACUCGCUGCCCGAAGCCACAGAAGAGCAGCUCGAGAAGUUGGACGACGUCUGUGCCAUUUGCUAUCAGGAGAUGUCCAGCGCAAAGAUCACCAGGUGCAGGCACUUUUUCCACGGGGUCUGUCUCAGGAAGUGGCUUUAUGUGCAGGACCGGUGUCCGCUUUGCCACGAAAUUUUGCAUCUAGUGGAGGACGAUUACGGAUUGGCAGCUGAUUCUGAUAUUGAAUUCAACGUAGCAAACGAACAGUUUGAUGCCGCAGCAGGUUUUGGCGAGCAGGAAAUGCCAAACUAAUGACAAAAUGGACAUUUUUUUGCAAUGCUCGGAAUUGUGAUUUACUUGAAUGUAAGAUGAAGUGAAGUUUAAAUUAUUUGCUUGAGAAUUUCAAACAGGGUUUUUAAAUUUUUUUACUCGGAUCAUUUUUGUAAUUGCACGCGGCUCAUUUGUGCUUUGUGAAUUUUAAAAUUUUGCCCUUAUUUUAAAUAUCCAACGACAAAGAUAAUGUAUUUCAAAGCGUGACUGCUGCACUACUUAUCUCUUAAAUAUAAAACACUUCUACUCGGCUCAAUUAUAAAACUGUGAACCCUGUGGAUACACAUUUGUUUCAACACACCAAUUGAGACUGACAAACUUUUGAAAGGGUUAAUAGAUUAGUAACGCUGCUGUAUUUAAUAUGAAGGAAAAGUUGCUGUAAGUUUUAAGUUUGUCCAUCGCCAUCGGAAGUUGUUACCCAAUGUGCUGGUUGGGUGAAAAAUUGUUCUGUUCUUUUUAUUAAAAAUCCAACUGAAAAAUAAACGGAUAAUGUUGAAAUACAA